UUUUCUGCGAGUCAAUAUGGCGUUUGGUUGUUGUGAGAAAUUAUAGCUGCUCGUCAAUGUUUCUCGGAUUCCAUGCUCAGCAGCAGCAGCAGUGUGGCCCCUGUGCAGGGAGGGUGUCCCCAUGUACCAGUGCCUGAAAUUUGUGGACCGAUUUAUCCGCAAGGACCACAAACCCGGACUGGGCUCGGCGGGCGGCUCAGGUGGAGCAGCAGGCGCGGGGCACGUGUACCACGAGCGGCAGGUGAAGGAGCUGUGCGCCCUGCACGCGCUCAACAACCUGUUCCAGGACGGCCAGGCCUUCACCAAGGGCUCGCUCGACGACAUCUGCCACAGGUUCCUGUCGCCCGACCACCUCGUGAACCCGCACAAGAGCAUGCUAGGCCUGGGAAACUACGAUGUCAACGUCAUCAUGUCCGCCCUACAGCUGCGCGGAUACGAGGCCAUCUGGUUCGACAAGCGAAAGGAUCCGUCGUGCAUUGACCUGAGCAAAAUUGUGGGCUUCAUCCUGAAUGUGCCGAGCGAGAUGAAGUUCGGCUUCCUCCAGUUUCCCCUCAGCCGGAAGCACUGGAUUGCCGUGCGCGAGGUCAACGGCACUUUCUACAACCUCGACUCGAAGCUCGAGGCACCAGCCGUCAUCGGCAAGUCUCAAGAACUGCUUCAGUACCUGCGGGAGCAGAUCAAGUGCAAGGACCGGGAGAUCUUCAUCGUGGUCACGCAGGACAUUGGCAGGGUCAAGGGCUGCUACAUCGAGACGUCCAGGGGGACACCUCCGAGGCAGCCUUCGCAGCAGAGCGUGGCGCCAACGCGCGAACACACGUCGCGGACGAACUUGCGGUAGAAGUGACAUCGCCGACCGAUCGCGGCGGCGGGACCCGUGUGUGCCCAACAGAAAUCGCCUGGACCUGUGAGACAAAUGGAACGCGGGAGAAACGGAAGAGGCACUCGAGACACCUGCUUUCCUUCGGCGUGAUGCCCCCCAAUUCUACGGGACGUGACUACAGCGUGUCGUCGUCUGCUACGUGUGUCUGCUGCCAGAAUCCGGUGUCGUCUGGUAGCAGGGAUCGUGCCACCGCGUGCGCGGUGGCGAACUGUUUAAUUGCCUGCCAGCCGAGACAAAAUAUGCGGGGGACGCACCCCUCAGGAGUGCCCCUCCAGCUUGCCGAAGUGAGCUUCAUCCGGUGUUCUCAUCCCCUCGCCCCCCAAUCCCAAGGAAGGCGACGACUUUCUGCUUUUUACACAUGCAUCAGUGCAAAGCAGCUGUUUCACAAGUCCUACACUUAACGUGCCUGCCCAGUGAAGCUGUCUGUGCUUUUUGCCUUGCUUUUGCUUUCUCUACCGGUGGCACAGCGGCAGUCGAGUAACGUUCCUCGUGGUUUCGAGGAGUCGCCCGCUAACGAACGACGUUAGCAGACAGUGUUUAAUGCUGGCAUUCCCCCAGAGCCACGGCACGCAAAGGCGCCAAUCAAAUGAACAAAAAAGAUCUUUAGCGGUGCCUCUGCAUGCGUUGCAGCAACGAAUCUCUUUUAUCAGUUACCCCUAGCUCGUCUUUCACGGCUAGGAUCGUAGGCAUUGCCGAAGCCGCCUCAUUUUGUCAACCUGCUGCGAGUAACCGGCGCGCACAGAUUCCCAGAGCAUAAUAGCCAUAAGCUGGUACUUUUCGAUUCGUGGAGUGGAGCUCGGUUCGAACAGAUGUUCUCGCACAGACCUUAUUACGCAUGCAUCAGGGAACCCUUUUAACAAUUCAUUGUGUCAUCAACUUUGUGACUCAUUCUUUCUUUUUUAUGUUUUUAACCAGCAUCAUUCACUGCUAGUGCGAGAGAGAUCGAAUCAAUGUUUGAAAACUGCCGUUUUUUGAUGAUUUGAUGUGUUCAGGAGGCUGGCCUUAAUCGCGAUUACAAAGCCCAAAGGGUUUGCAGCAGCUGCCACUCUGUAAGGCAAGUCAUUCGCACGAAGUGUUCCCGUGUCUUAUUACGUCCAUGUUGCAGACAGCAUUCACUUUGCGCUGUUCAGUCAUUCGCGUAAGUCGGUGCAAAACCGAAAUCCAGACUUGUUUCUGUCACCCAAACCGUGACGGGUGUAAAGUCUGGAGGUUAUGAUAAGAACAAAAUAUAUGUAAAUAAUAUAACCGUAAAGAAAUAUUCAGGUUUUUGGAAAUAAGCACCUGUUCUUCUCUUGUACAUACACUUUGGAUCUUGAAAGCUCUAUUAACAAAAGUCAAGUUCUUCGUUAUUAAGCCUUUGCCCUCUUGCAUGUCUGCAAAGCUGCUUUGAGCCAUGCUGGGUACACAAACACUUUCGUUAUGUGAAGCAUUAUUACUCGUAAUGCCGUUACAGGGGAGUAGGAAUGUGUCGUAUAUCGCAGUGCAUUCAUUCACACUAACUGAUGGUAAAGCAGGAAGAAAUAUACACUACAGCAUUUGAGACGUCGUCAUUCAACUAGUGGAACUUGUGGGGCAGUUGUUGGAUGCGGCUGCCACUACGACAAGCCGUACGUACAGUACUCACUGAUUCAAACGCGACAUCAAAGUUUUACGCAUUUGCUUGAGACAACCACAUCAUGUUGCGAUGAAUCUGGUCUCUAAAUAUUGUGUUGGCUCUAAUCUACGCGUUCGAGUCGAAAUUGCGCCGAUGUGACCCAAACUGAAGACGGUGGAAAGGAAAGUAUAUGCGUUAGCCCUAAAUUGUCCCGUUCCAAUCCGCGAGUACUGUACAUCAGUUCACGUGCCGGAUCAUACCGUGCGUGAUUUCAAGCAGCCUUGUGUGCCAUAGUGGUAGCAAAGCCAUGUGGCGAUUGCGUAGGUGUCAGCAGUUGCUGGCAGUCGGUUUUUUUUUUUAAGGUUGUAGUGAGAUGCUGCAUUCUUCGAUACCUCGAAUACUCUUCAAGCUAGCAAAUCGUGACAACCGACCCUUUUUUCUGUCUUGUAGUGUAACCACAGCCGAACACAGGUCCACGUUUAUUUUUUCGAGGCCAUUCUUGAGAUGAUUGCAAAUAUGCUUGCCAUAACAUUAAUAGAAAUAAUCUUAAUUUCCUUUUCCUUUCUCUUAUUUCUUUUUGUACAAUAUCAGUUCCAUCAUAAAAAUUUGCUUUGUGUGUAAUCAUACCGGCACAAUUGGUGCUGCCAUCUGUGAUGAAUGCUUGGAACUGAUGAGGUGCACUGAAAAAGUGUCUGAAAUGUCCAAAACGAUAAUGGUGCAAUCACAGCGUACGAGCUGCGCUAAACAAGAACAUUUGUAUGCAAAAGAGCGCGAAGUCAAACGUCAAUGCCAGAAUAAAUGACGCAUUCCCUGGUUCAAAUACCUUUUUUAUUGCACCUUGUUUUUCUCGACAGUUGGUUUUGGCGCUUUGUCUUUCACUGUGGACUUGGUGCAUAUUAUUAGUGACCAUUUUUGUGCAAAAACAAGGCAUGCGUCUCUGCGCUUGUUUUUAAACUUCAUUUUUGUCAAACGGCUUUAAAUGUAAGUUGCAUGUCAUCCUGAUUAAGUGCUGAAGUGCUCAGUUGCAAUGGUACAGACAAACCUCAGUUAUAGUGAAGAGGGAUGUAACAAAUUGCCAAAUAAGAGUCGUUUGAAAGCAUCAGUCGCAACUUUUGUGUAGCAACUGCUGUGAAUAUGAAGCCUCCCACGAUUGAGUGUAAAAGCUAUAUCUAUGGGGGCAAUGUCUUGCCAAUAGCAUGUGCUUCACUGAAUACGUGCAGCUUGUGAUUACCGCUGGUCUGCCUUGGUUGUGUGCUGCUGUUUGUGUUCAUUGUGUCCUGCCAUUAUUUAUUUCGUCCGAGGUUAUAGACUGGAUUGAGUGCUUCUAGCAAUGUCGCAUCUACCCUACUGGGAGCUCGCCGUUCAUUCACCAUACUGAUAUGUGGGCCUGACCGCUGUAUGUCUGACAGCUUCAUCGGGUCUCCCUAAAAGGGAUACUAAAAGCAAGUACUUUCCAAUCAGUCUGAUUCGAUCGAAUCGUUGGACCAAGGUGUCCAGCGUGUGCAAUGUUUCGCGCGAGAACAGAGCAUUCGUAAGUUUCAAAAUGAUGUAGACGUCAAAUCCGAUCGGUAUUGCCGCUGUGGAGAAUCGAGCUCCCAUGCCAUUACAAUCGCUUGAUCAAUCCUUAGCAAUUGACAGGCCGUGGCCGAUUAGGCAUUGUUUUUAGACUGAUUAAAUAUGGUUAUACGUUGAUACAAAAACAUUUCAUCCUGAGCAUUCGCUUAACCUAUACGAGAGAACAAAACGUAUUGGCUCGCAAGCCUUGGGAUCAGUGAAAUGAAGGAACGCAAAUUUGUGUGAUCACGCAGCUCAGCAGAUUUAACAACAGUGGGACCGAUGUGAUGUGGAACGAUUGCAUUGCAAUCCACUUCAGUCAUUUGAAGUUUUCUUUCUAUAUAGGUUGUAUUUCAAGAGAGUGAAGCUCACUCUUACAUGCCUGUCCUUUUUUUCUUUAUGAACGUUACGUGCCGCCAGUGAAUUUUCGAAGCUCUGGUUUUCAGCUAGGUUGUGUUAUCAUUUUUUCCAUGCACAGAUGUGUGCGGUAAUAGCAAAGUAAUUCGGGAAUAUAUCCAAUAAACUGUUCAAAACUGUACCUUUGAACGUUAGCCACCAGAGUCAAGAUUGUUGCAGUGGCGAUUGCAACUGUCGCAGCUGCUGUUGCAGAUACGCUUUUGAAGCAGCUGCUACAUAGUCGCAACUUGAUCAACUAGUUGCAUGUGGACCUGCAACUUCGCAAUCGCAGCUGAAGGCCGUUAACGCCUCCAGAGUUGUGAGGACGAAUUGAGCAUCAUAGUGAAAGGGCCAGCACAGUGCUACGAAGAAGUGAAAGAUUUCUGUUAUCUCCUUUUUCCUCGUGUGUUCAUUCUCAUGUACGGGUGAAAAAAGAAUCAACACCACUACUGCAAAACUGUACAUAUGUUCGCGCUCACUUAAAACUAAUGCUUGAAUCGCUACUGUGAAGGGUUCGGAAGGUUGUUCUUGACCUUUCACGUGGCUCCCUCUUUUCUGAUGUGUACAUAAUCUAGCCACGACGUGUACAGAAAAAAAAAAUUCUAUAUGUGACAGAUGUUUGAGAGUAUUUUGCCCAAUUGAGGCCCUUCUGUCAGUCUUGCCUGCCUGCCAUGUUGCUUUAGCUGUGAGCGGCAUGUAGCGUGCUUUUUACCGUUGGCGCAUAGAAUAUGUCGCUUUGAUGAUGCAACGACCUGCGUUGUAACAGAUACGAGGGUGCAUUGCAAAGUGUGACAUCAGAUUUAGGCGUUUGCUUCAAGUGGUCGCACCAAUGGUGGUGUUAUUUUUCAGAGCGAUUGCACCUUUUCGUGUCUGGCUUGUUUAGUACGGACGCAAUUUGCCGUUACUCUUUGGCUUGCUGCCCUCGUAAGACGAUGGUUAUUGAUAACGUUCGUGGAGGCAGAGAGAAAUCUUACGCAACAAGGGUUCUUUGCGUCUACUGUUCUGUACAACAAAAAAAAAGAUUUCGGUGAUUUUGUAGGCUUUCCGGUGCACAGUGCGACUCAUUCUCACAAGAGACGCUAAGCAGAUAACGAUAUGAUAUUGUGUUCCACUGCUAUGACCACAGCAGCUUGCAACUCUGUGCAGAUAAAAAUCUUUUUCUAAUUCUCU